AUGGGAAGUUGUUGCUCCAUACCUAAUGAAAGUGCUCGAAUCUCUAAACCUACUAAGAAUGGUAGUUUUUCUGGUGCUCCUAAGAAUGUCGCUCCUAGGAAUGUCACGAAACAUCGUUCUAGUGCUCCCAAGAACGACGACAUGGUUAUUAUGACAAUGUAUCCUUAUGCUGGAAUUCAAGGAGGGGAUUAUGGUAAUUUUAACAGUGGUGGAGGACUUGGAGGCGAUGGCGGAGGUGGUGGAGGCGGAGUGCACAAUGGCGGAGGACAUGGAGGACACGGUGGGGGAGGUUGCGGAGGUGGAGGGUGUGGAGGAGGUGGUGGAGGUGGCGGUGGAGGGUGUGGAGGAGGCAGCUAG